AAUAUUUUUUAAAUAGACUAAUUUAAAUUCGAAGUAUUAACCUCGGAGUCGAGCAUUUGUUUGUCUGUUUAACUAAGAGCCAGCGUUUUCUGUCAUCAUAAUGCAAGAAACCGUUACAAACACAAAUGAGAGAAAAUCUUUAUUUUCUUCUAUUCUCGAUGUACUGGAAACCAGAGAAAAGCAAGCGCAGGUUGACCGUCAGCUGCAAGAGGAGAAAUAUUUAAGAAGAACGCAAAGAAUAUAUGAUUUUCACGAGCGACAGCGUCGCGAGGCCGUGGAGCUUCGGCGGUGCCUAGACUUCGUGUCGCAGCAUGCUCACGUGCUGGAGUCUGUGCUGCGGGGCGGCGGAGGCGGCGGUGCUGGUGAGGGUGUUCCGCUGAGCGCAGCGCUGGUGCGGCAGGCGGCCGCGCUGCAGCGCUGCAUGGCACAGUGCGUCGCCAACGCCUCCAGGAUACGACAACUGCUCACCGCCACCCACCAGCCGCAGAUGGACACCAUGCUUGCCAAAAUGGAAGCAGAGCUGAGCACGUGGACGUCGUUCCUGCAGCGCGCCGUGGACGCCACCUACAACACGGAGGUGGUCAUAGACAAUCUGCACAACAUGAUCGCGGAGCAGCGGCGGUGCGUACGCGAGGUGUCUAAUAGCACGGUGUUCACGUCGCUGUGUGGCGCGACUGCCAGCGAGUCACAGGCGGAGGCGGGCGCGGAGGCGAGCGCGGACGCGGAAGCUGAUACUCGGUCUCCGCUCGAGCGGCGCGCGCCCUCCGCCGCCUGCAGCACGCCCAUCGCCCGUGACUCGAAUAUGUGAGCCAACUUCUUUUGCUGCAAUAUUUUCCUUAAAUCAAGGACAAAUGCAGUGACACGACUUUUGUAAAGUGAGGAUUUAGACGUUCAUUACAUUGUGUAGUAGCACAGAGCAAGAUGAAACUGUAGAGGGAAUGUUAAUUACCGGAAAUAUUAGGUCUUCUCUAUAUUUGUAGUGAGUUAAAAAUGUUUUUUGUUAAGUGAUGUAAAGAUAUUUCAACGAGAUACAAAGAAACCGUAAUUAAAUUAUUAUGUUUUGUUAUUAGUUA